CGGAAGUCUUCGUGGUGAUAAAAUUUUCAGAUCAUGGUGGAAAACUCCCCGUCGCCGCUGCCUGAGAGAGCCAUCUAUGGCUUUGUGCUCUUCCUGGGCUCACAGUUUGGUUUCUGUAAGUUUCUCUUUAGGUUUUCUUAGGAGCCAUUUCUUCUUGUGGAAGAGAAGUGGUGAGAAGUGAAAACCACCACACAUGUUUAUAUUCAUUCUAUAUUAUUCUGUAUUUAUUGCACAUUUUAAGAUGUUUAUAUUGGUUAUAAUUAUCUAAACAUAAUCAAUCAUUAGCCACAGCAGACGGUAAGCCGGUGACACCAGAAUUAGGUGAAAACUGUUGGACUUUUUAUUUUCAUACCGAUUCAAAUUAAAGAAAUGUGUAUUUUUUGUUAAAUCCAGUCAUAUUCCAUUGUUCUUUUCUGGGAAGAAAUGAGCCACAUUUAUGACACUAAUAAGGCUGAAUACUUCAGUAAAUAUGGGUGAUUUUUACAAGGAGAGUCAUCCUUGUAACUGUCUCCUCUCUGUAGUUUUGUUCUGCCUGUGGGCGUAUGUACCAGAGGAAUGGCUUCAUUCAGUAGGACUCACCUACUGGCCUCAGAAGUAUUGGGCUCUUGCGAUGCCAAUCUACCUCCUGGUUGCAUUAAUGGUUUCUUUUGUUGUGUUGUUCGGCAUUAACAUGAGCAACACGGCUCCACUGGACUCUGUGGACAACGUCACAGAUGUAUUUGCACAAGGUCAGAGGUCAGACUGCCACAGGAAGGGUGGAAUACCCCGACUGGAGGACGUCUCCAUCAGUGAAGUCAACAAAAUGUUCUAUUUAUCCUCUGAGACGUGACAGUGGGCGGGUUAAGAUUCACUGCACCGUCGCUGUUUAGUUCAUUUGAUUGUUGUUUUCUUGUUAGAAAAAACUCAGUUUUAUAUGACAACAAUUAUAUAAUUGCUAUGAUAUUAAAUCCUCAGGUUUUUAUUUAUUUUUCUUUCUGUAUGGGUCAGAAAAAUGCAAAGUUUUGUGCAGCAAUUAUUGUUUUUAUAAAGCCCAAAGUAAAGUAUGGCUCCAAAUCUGUAAUAAAUAUAAUUCUUUGAAAGCAAUUCUAAAAUGAAAGUGCAUCAAUUUGUGUUGGAGAUGUUAACAAGGUAACAAGUAAAUAAUACUGUUAUAAAUGAUUAAUUUGUUAAAUUGAUGGAAUAAAUAAUAAUGGAAGUAUCAAUGGUAAUGCAUAUUAUAUUGAAAACCUACAUUAAUGUUACAUUUGUCUUAAAAUAAUAAAUGAUAAUAACUGUUGUGUUUAUGCAGAAGGAAGAAAGAUCAUUCUCAGUUUAUGUCAAAUUUUAUUUAUUAUGUAACAACUGAUUUAUGAGUCACUGAAAGUCUCCAUUGUUGCAUGUUGCAUUUAUAUAUCAUUGUUACCGAUAUCUGGAUUUUGAGUAAAUGCUAAUACUAAUUUCCUAGAUCAGAAGAAAACCUUUAAAUACAGAAUAAAAUAUUUGUCAAAUAGUUUUUUUCAAAAUGGAAUGAGCUGGGUUUAGUUUUAUUGAAUAUUUUUGUUUUUAUUAAGUUAAAUUCUGUGCAAAAUUAUCUACAACUACUGUACUUACUGUAAAGAUUUUAUUUUUUAAAUUAACUUUUAUUUAUACAGAAUGUCUCAUUGAUAUUUAAGAUCUUAUUUACGAGAAAGUAUUUUUUUUUUGUGAAAAGCCUAAAA